UUUUUGUAUAAUUAUUUUAAUAUCCUUGUAUUAACUAUGAGUAACACACUAACAUUUUACUACAAUCCAAUUUCUAUGCCUUCAAGAGCAGUACUUACUUUGUUAACUUUGGGAAAUGUUCCUCAUACAGCAAAAAUUGUGGACCUUCAAAAAUAAGAGAACCUUACACCAGAAUAUACAGCUAUUAACCCAUGUUAAUCAGUACCAGCUAUAGAUGAUGAUGGAUUCAAAUUAUUUGAGAGUCAUGCUAUUCUUAGAUAUAUUGUAAAUAAAUAUCAGUUGCAUGAUUUUUAUCCUAAAGUAACUUUUUAUUAUUAUUUCUAUUUUAGGAUCCUUAAGAAAUUGCAAAAAUUGAAUGUUAUUUAGAUUGGCAUCAUACUGGAACUAAAAUUGUUUCCAAAUUUAUAUUCACCUAUAUCAUUGGACCUAAAAUGAUGAAUAGACCUGCCCCUCCAGAUUAAGAUGCAUAAGAGAAAGAGAUGGAAUCUAUUCUUUAAUUUAUAGAAUAUGUAUUUUUAGGUUAAGGCAAAUUUAAAUAUCUUUAAAAUUAACCUAAAAUGACAAUUGCUGAUUUAAGGUAUCUAAAAUUAUUAUUAUUUUAGUUUAAUCUUUGAAUUAUAAGCACUUUUUGCUUUCAAUUAUAGCUUUGAUAAAUUCCCAGGACUUAAAAAUUAUGUAUAACAUAUGUCUUAAUUACCACAAAUCAAAUAGGCUAAUUAAAUGUUUUAUGGUAUGAUUAAAAAUGCUCCAUUAAAUGACUUUAUUAAAGGAUUGGUAUAAUGA